AAGGUGUGACGCUAGGGUGGUGAUGUUCCCGUCUGCUUCAUAGCCGCACUAUUGUUGUGUUUUACCGAUCAUUGACAAGUGGAAUGAACUGCUCUUUAGUUCAUUUGUAAAAUAAAAAAAAUUGGUCGUUUAGUGAAUUGAAUGCAAAAUGAUGUUAUCGCACUAUUCUGGAAUCUUUCUAUUCGUGACUAUAGCAAGCCUUUCGUCGGUUAGUGCUACCGAUAUCGCUGGUAAAAUAGCCACGAACCCGGCAUGUAAAGACGACGUUACACGUCUCUGCAGUAGUCAAGUUCUCCCAAACGAUUUAGCUGUCCUUGAUUGUCUUCAAAACAGGAGAAGUGAUAGUGAUUCUGAUAUCAGAACAGAAUGUCAUUCGUUUCUGUGGCAGUUCAAACUGAAUCUUACCAAAGGUGACCAGUUUUUAGAAGCUGCUGAAAAAAUGUGUUCUGAUGAGCUUAAAACCUUGGAUGAAUGUCGAGACCAAUCCCUAGAAGGUCAUAAGCUGUCAUGUUUGCUGGAGAACUCAGAUUCAGUUGCACAGGGGCAAUGUAAGUCAUUUCUCGUUAGAAUUGGUUCGAUAAUCUUUAGCGAUUUUCGCCUGGUGGAAAAGUUCACGACCGCCUGCCAGGGCGAUAUCUCCAAGUUCAAUUGCGGUCGUCUGGAUUCAGAAGAAGAAAAAGACCACAAACAAGGAUCAACGAUUGAGUGCCUGUCGGAGCACGUACGCAAUUUGACUAAAGAAUGCCAUCUGCAAACCUUGCGCGUGGCUGAACUCCAGGCGGAUGAUUAUCACUUGGAUCGUCCACUCUUUCUCGCCUGCCGAGAUGACCGGGAAAGGUUUUGUCGAAAUACCCAAGCCGGACAAGGCCGGGUUUACAAAUGCCUCAUUAAGAACAAAAUGCAGAAUGAUAUGAGCACUAAGUGCCGAGAAAAAUUGGUUCGUCGACAACAACUGGUUUCCGAAGAUUACAAAGUUAGCAAGGGUUUAGUCAGAGCUUGUAAGCAGGAAAUUAUCGAACACAAGUGCUUCAAGGAAACGAAUUCGCCUGUUAAAGACCGGAAAGUCAAACUCGCCCAAGUCCUUCUAUGCUUGGAAAAUGCUAUGCACGCAGGUAGUGCUAUAGGAGGUGAAUGCCAGGCAGAGAUGCUAGAUCAUCGCCGACAAUUGCUGGAAGAUUAUCGUCUCUCACCCGAAGUGGUGUACUCUUGCCAGGAAGACAUUAAAACCAACUGUCGUACGAAGGAAAUCGGCGGAAAAACACUGCACUGUUUGAUGAAGCAUGCUCGAAAGCAAAACGGCAUUUCAGACACGUGUCUUCGUGCGUUGGAAGAUUUGAUGCGUAUCACUGACGCGGGAUCAGAUUGGCAAGUGGAUUCGUUGUUGAAAACAUCCUGCUCCAGUGUUGUGGAAACCGCAUGCAAGAAUCCUGCAGAUAGCCAGCCGGCCAGUGUUAUUUCUUGCCUCAUGGAUAAAGUCUUUUCGGACGUAAUGACAACGGGCUGUCGUACUGCUCUGCUCGAAAUCCAGUACUUUGUUGCCCGUGAUUUCCGCUUAGAUUCCCAACUGUAUGCCCAGUGUAAAUCUGACGCUGCCCAAUUUUGCAACGCUGCUCCCAACUGGACGGAAGAAGCCAAUGCCAUAGGACCCCAACGUAAUCCGCUCGUAUUACCAUGUCUUUAUAGAUAUGCGUAUCAUCCACCAGCCGAUUCCUCUUUAAAACCUGAGUGCGCUGACGAGGUACGACGCGUCAUGCGACAAAGGGCGAACAGUGUUGAUCUCAUUCCAGAGGUAGAAGAACCUUGCAUUGAAGAUUUAGCAUCGAUGUGCUUUGAAAAGACAGGAAGAGGGGAAGAAAUGCAAUGUUUACAAGACAACUUGGAACGCCUAAGCCCUGUAUGCAAGCAACAAGUGAGCAAUUACACAGAAGAAGAAGCUGAGCAUUUGGAACUUAACCCUUUCAUCACCACCUAUUGUAGUCGUUUUCUUGAAACUCAUUGCCAAGACGAAAUGGAUGAUGGUGAUGAAGGCCAAGUCAUGGAAUGCCUUGUGGAAUACAAAAUGAAUACUGAAACCACUAUGAAUUCGAAGUGCAGAGCGGCCGUUGAACAUUUCCAGCUCAUCGCCUUACAAGACUUCCGCUUCAGCGCGCAUUUCAAGCGAGCUUGCAAACUAGACAUUUCCCGUCUUUGUCCAAAUAUCAAGGCCAAACCGCAGGUCGUGGCCUGCCUCAGUGAAAUGAUACGAAAUGAUUCGGUAGCACAAAGCUUAGGCGUACGUGCGGGAAACCAUGUUGGAUCACAGCACCGCGUUUCUCAGCCGUGCCGUCAGCAGUUGAGAAACCAGUUGCUCCAACAGCACGAGGAUGUCCAGUUGAAUCCCAACGUUCGUAAACCCUGCGCGUCCGACGAAAAGCGUUUCUGCGCCCAAAUUAAACCGGGCCAAGGCCGUAUUUUGGAAUGUCUCAAAGCUCACCGUAAACAGUUGGAAGAUAUUUGCCAUGCCGCCAUUUUCCAGGCUGAAAAAGAAGAGAUGGACGACAGUGCUGUUGAUUUCCAAUUUAUUCAACAGUGCAAAGAUCCCAUUCGUCGAUUGUGCCAAAAUGAUGCCAGCAACGCUCUGGAAUGCUUGAAAGGAUACCUUGACGACAGCACAUUAGAGGUCCAUUGCAAACAAUUGGUUCUGGAACGAAUGGCUGAACAGAAUCUGGACAUACGCUUUAAUCCGAACCUUAAGAAGGCGUGCUCCAUGGAUAUACCGAAAUUUUGUCAAGGGGUAUUUAUAGUCGUUUCAAUUUCACACAGUUCCGAUGGCUAUCUCGUUUAUGUAAAGGUUUGGCAAACCGCAUCCAAGGACCGUGAACUUGAAGGAAAAGUUGUUGAUUGUCUCAAACAAAAUUUCGUGGCAAAGAAACCGCUGACUCAGUCGUGUUCCGACCAUUUAACAGUCAUAAUGGAACAACAGGCUUUGCAUUAUCAGCUAGAUCCUGUUCUCGUUAAUCUUUGCGACAAGGAGAUUCAAAUUCAUUGCGGACCAGAAGAACCGGAAAACACUAGGCAGGGUCAAGUGGAAGAAUGUUUGAAGAGGAAAUUUGAUACUUUAACUUCCGUUGAAUGCCGGCGUCAUGUCGCUUUGCUGAUCACGGCUGUCCAAAUCGAUAUACAGGCUGAUCCAAUGCUACAUCGAGCCUGUGCAAUCGACUUGGUCACACUUUGCAAAGAUGUUCCGCCAGGAGACGGUCGAAGAUUGAAAUGUCUCCUGCGCUUCAAAGAGCAAGGACAAGCCAAAUUUGAUCCAAAAUGUUUUGAGAUGCUUAAUACCCGGACGCAACUAUUUGCUAAAGCUUCAAAAGCAAGAUUUUGUGAACAAAUCAAGCGAAAUUAUCGUAAGAGCUCACGGUGCUUUUCAAGUGAGAAAUCAGAGCCUUUUUUCGUUACAACUCCUAUAUUUUAUGUCAAUGCAGAGCCUCAUAUUGGACACAUAUACACAGCUGUUCUUGCUGAUUCGUCAGCUAGAUUUCAUCGCUUAACUGGAAACUCUGUGACAUUUUCAACUGGUACAGAUGAACAUGGCCUUAAAAUCCAACAAGCUGCUUUGCAUGCAAAUGAAGAGCCCGGGCGGUUCUGUGAUCAUGUUUCUGGACUCUUCAAAACUGCUUUGAACAAGUGUGAAAUAAGUUAUACAGACUACAUCAGAACUACAGAGAAACGACACAAAGAAAAUGUUCAUUUGUUUUGGGAACUACUUUCAGAGAGAGGCUACAUCGAGAAAGGAAAAUAUGAAGGUUGGUACUGCACAGCAGAUGAAGCAUUUGUACCUGAAGAUCAAACCACGUUAGUGAAAUUGCCUAAUGGUCAGGAGCAAAGAGUAUCAGCGGAAUCAAAUCGUCCUGUUGAAUGGUUCAGUGAAGAGAACUAUUUGUUUAAAUUAUCCAAGCUAAGAGAAGAUCUUAUGAAUUGGUUGAAGAGUGGGCCAGUGAUUCGACCUUUGCGACACUAUAACUUGGUAAAAUCAUGGCUCGACCAAGAACUUAUUGAUCUAUCGAUAUCCCGACCUCAUGCAAGGCUGUCUUGGGGGAUUCCAGUACCUGGAGAUUCGUCACAAACGAUAUAUGUAUGGCUAGAUGCAUUGUUAAAUUAUGUGACUGUCGCUAAAGAUUCACAGUCUGAAAUGAAUAUUUGGCCGCCAAGUGUUCAUGUUAUUGGGAAAGACAUUCUGAAGUUCCAUGGCAUCUAUUGGCCAGCCUUUCUUCUGGCUGCUGGUUUGGAACCUCCGAAAUCCUUACUAGUCCAUGGUCAUUGGUUAGUUGACGAUCAAAAGAUGUCUAAAACUACGGGUAAUGUUGUCAGUCCCCAGUCUUGCAUCGAUCUUGUGACCGCAACUGGACUUCGUUAUUUCCUCAUGCACGAAGGAGUACCUGCCAGUGAUGGAAAUUUUAGUAUGAAGAGAAUGGUUCGGAUUGCCAAUUCUGAUUUGGCUGACGGCAUAGGCAACCUAGUCAGCCGCUGCUGUGGCAAGAGUUUGAAUCCUUUGCAGAUGAGGCCAGGCGUCAGCCCAUCCUCUUUCGAAUCCUGUAGUUCACCAGGUUCUGAUUUGCUAAGUCUUUUAGAGCGCACACCUGACAUAGUCUACAAUGAAUAUCAGCAAUGGAAUUUUUACAAAGGGAUCGACCAAGUUAUGGCGUUAGUUCGGGGUGCUAACGGCUUUUUCCAAACGAUGGAACCUUGGAAAUUGAAGAAAGAAGGUCAGCUCGAUCAACUAAAUGCCACGAUGGCCGUCACAAUGGAAACUGCAAGAGUGGUAGGCACUCUUCUUCAACCCAUCGUGCCCUCAUAUAGCGAACGCCUACUAGAUAAAUUGGGUGUUCCUCAAGAAAAUCGUAGCUGGGAUUUCGCCCGGCCUCGAUGGACUACCACAGAAACUGCCCUAGGCCCUCAGCAGGCUGUCCUUUUCCCUAGAAUCAAAUUUGAGUAAUUAAACAUUCGUAGGUAAUUGAUGGAAAUGCAAAAAGAUCUUGACCUGCCAUUGGCAUGCAUAGUUCAAGGAGGCUUCCUUUUGCCAGUCAAUCUUGUAUAGAUCGUGUUGAUACAAACGGCAAGUAACAAGAUUCACUUUCUUA